AAAUAUUACCAUUCUCCAUUCCAUAAUGGAGAUGUGUGUGUAUAAGAAACAGUAUAUUGAUAAAAAAUUUCCAAAAUCAAAAGAGCGAUUGGGUUGAAAAAAAAGUAAAGGAUUUCUAAUCAUCUUGUUAUCCUAUAAUGAAAACGAACAUAAAUAUUGAAAUUGAAAUGGAAAAAGAGAGGCUAGAGAAUAUGUUGAUAAGUUUAUCUGUAUCCGAGGUAUCUAUUCGGUUUGUACUAUAAUACCUUGUUUUGACUGUAUCGCACUAUGUAUCAUUUGAUAACCCCCAAAAUCCUCUACCUUUCAUUUAAAUAGAAUUUCAAAUGGAGAAAUUCCAAAGCUAUUUAGGGCUACAUAGAUCUCAACAACACCACUUCUUAUAUCCACUUAUCUUUCAGGAGUAUAUUUAUGUACUUGCUCAUGAUCAUGGUUUAACUAGAUCGAUUUUGUUGGAAAAUGCAGGUUAUGACAAUAAAUCCAGCUUACUAAUUGUGAAACGUUUAAUCAAUCGAAUGUAUCAACAGAAUCAUUUGAUUCUUUCGGUUAAUAAUUCUAAAUAGACUCCAUUUUUGGGGCACAACAAGAAUUUUUAUUCGCAAGUAAUGUCCGAGGUCUCUUCAAUCAUUAUGGAAAUUCCAUUGUCUCUGCGAUUAAUAUCUUACCUAGAAAGGAAAGGGGUAGUCAAAUCCGAUAAUUUACGAUCAAUUCAUUCAAUAUUUUCUUUUUUAGAGGACAACUUUUGACAUUUAAAUUAUGUAUUAGAUAUACUAAUACCUUACCCAGCCCAUCUGGAAAUCUUGGUUCAGGCUCUUCGCUAUUGGAUAAAAGAUGCUUCCUCUUUGCAUUUAUUAAGAUUCUUUCUCCAUGAGUGUCAUAAUUGGGAUAGUCUGAUUACUUCAAAUUCAAAGAAAGCCAGUUCUUCUUUUUCAAAAAGAAAUCACAAACUAUUCUUCUUCCUAUAUACUUCUCAUUUAUGUGAAUAUGAAUCCGGCUUCCUCUUUCUCCGUAACCAAUCUUCUCACUUACGAUCAACAUCUUCUGGAGCCCUUAUUGAACGAAUAUAUUUCUAUGGAAAAAUAGAUCAUCUUGCAGAAGUCUUUGCCUGGGCUUUUCAAGCGAAUUUAUGGUUGUUCAAAGAUCCUUUCAUGCAUUAUGUUAGGUAUCAAGGAAAAUCCAUUCUUGGUUCAAAAGGGACGUUUCUUUUGAUGAAUAAAUGGAAAUAUUACUUUGUCAAUUUCUGGAAAUCUUAUUUUUACCUGUGGUCUCAACCAGGAAGGAUUUAUAUAAACCAAUUAUCCAAUCAUUGGAUUCUAGUGGAGAAAUGUAUUAUAUAA